UGGCGCUGGACCAGGGGGAAGGUAAACACCGGUCAAGGCUGCUGUUGUUGCUCUGGGGAAGCUAAUCUAUCUUUCUUCCAACCUCUUUCACAGCCUCACGGCCUUUCCGGGAAUGGAGGAGGGAAGGAGGACAGGGGAUGCCUCCCUUCUUCCCUCCUUCUGUUCCCCACCCCCUUCCCUUCCUCCCUUCACCCAUCGCGGGUUUUACCCAGGGAGUCUCUGUCUCCGCCGCGGAAACGGACAGACCCGUCUGACGGGCAGACGGACGGACGGACUGAGCGGGCUGGCGAACUGAGCAGCCGAGGCCCGAGGAAGGCCCCAGACGUUCCUGGGCAGGGCCCCGCGGCGGCUGCCGGCGUCGGUUCCGGCCUACGGUCACUGGGGGGGGCAGGGACGGCGGGGGCCGCAGCCACCCCAGCAGCCGGCACGCAGGCUCCCCCCACGCUGGCCUCCUCGAGGUGCCCUGGCCCCGUCCUGGAGGGAGGAACCCCUCUAGAGGUGAGAAGACGAGGAGGAGGAGGAGGGUUCAGUCUUCAUGGCCUGUACAGCCCUGGGUCUUCCCUCUUCGGCCGAAUACGGGGACGCCGAUUAAUACCAAUGGCGGAGGUGCUUUUCCUGAUGCAGACACCACUCCACUCGUAACUGGACCUAAACCACCAAGGUGAUUCAUGGCAGGGGACGUGGAAGGGUUUAGUUCCUCCAUCCAUGACACCAGUGUCUCUGCUGGGUUCAGAGCACUGUAUGAGGAGGGAUUGCUUCUUGAUGUCACACUUGUCAUUGAAGAUCACCAAUUCCAGGCCCAUAAAGCACUCCUUGCCACUCAGAGUGACUACUUCAGGAUAAUGUUCACAGCUGACAUGAGAGAGCGCGAUCAGGACAAAAUUCAUUUGAAAGGUCUGACUGCUACAGGCUUCAGCCAUGUCCUACAGUUCAUGUACUAUGGAACUAUAGAACUGAGUAUGAAUACUGUUCAUGAAAUCCUGCAGGCUGCCAUGUAUGUUCAACUUAUAGAAGUGGUGAAGUUCUGCUGCUCUUUUCUCUUAGCCAAAAUCUGCUUAGAAAAUUGUGCAGAAAUUAUGAGACUCUUAGAUGAUUUUGGUGUAAACAUCGAGGGAGUCAGGGAGAAGUUGGACUCCUUUCUGCUAGAGAACUUUGUGCCACUAAUGUCAAGACCUGACUUCCUGUCCUAUCUGAGCUUUGAAAAGCUUAUGUCUUAUUUGGAUAAUGACCGUCUGAGCAGGUUCCCAGAGAUAGAACUGUACGAGGCUGUUCAGUCUUGGCUGCGGCAUGAUAGAAGACGCUGGAGACAUACCGAUACCAUCAUUCAGAACAUCAGGUUUUGUUUGAUGACCCCAUCCAGUGUUUUUGAGAAGGUUAAGACAUCAGAAUUUUAUAGAUACUCUCGGCAGCUGCGACUUGAAGUUGACCAAGCAUUGAAUUACUUUCAUAGUGUUCACCAGCAGCCUUUGAUGGAAAUGAAAUCUAGUCGCAUCCGUUCUGCCAAAGCCCAGACUGCAGUAUUCAGAGGAAUGAUAGGACAUAGCAUGGUAAAUAAUAAAAUUCUUCUUUUACACAAACCACGGGUCUGGUGGGAGCUGGAGGGUCCACAAGUACCUCUACGACCAGACUGCCUUGCCAUCGUGAAUAACUUUGUGUUCUUGUUAGGCGGGGAAGAACUGGGGCCAGAUGGUGAAUUCCAUGCUUCCUCCAAAGUGUUCAGGUAUGACCCAAGACAAAAUACUUGGCUGAGAAUGGCAGAUAUGUCUGUCCCACGUUCAGAAUUUGCAGUUGGUGUCAUUGGUAGGUACGUCUAUGCCGUGGCUGGAAGAACAAGAGAUGAGACUUUUUAUUCAACAGAACGUUAUGACAUUACUGAAGACAAAUGGGAAUUUGUGGAUCCUUAUCCAGUCAAUAAAUAUGGACACGAGGGGACAGUGCUUAGUAACAAGCUAUUCAUCACUGGCGGAAUUACCUCAUCUUCCACUUCCAAACAAGUGUGUGUAUUUGAUCCUAGUAAAGAAGGGACAGUGGAACACCGAACAAGGAGAACUCAAGUAGUUACUAGUUGUUGGGAGAAUAAGUGCAAAAUGAAUUAUGCGAGAUGCUUUCACAAAAUGAUUUCUUACAAUGGUAAGCUUUAUGUUUUUGGGGGUGUCUGUGUGAUCUUAAGGGCCUCUUUUGAAUCACAGGGAUGCCCCUCCACAGAAGUUUAUGACCCAGACACUGAUCAGUGGACUAUCUUGGCAUCAAUGCCAAUUGGUAGAAGUGGUCAUGGUGUAGCUGUAUUGGACAAACAAAUAAUGGUUCUUGGAGGCCUUUGUUAUAAUGGUCAUUACAGUGAUUCUAUUCUUACAUUUGAUCCGGAAGAAAAUAAAUGGAAAGAAGAUGAGUACCCAAGGAUGCCCUGUAAACUUGAUGGUUUACAAGUAUGCAGCCUGCAUUUUCCUGAAUAUGUAUUAGAGCAUGUUAGACAUUGCAGCUAAAAAUGUACAUCUCCUCCCUUAAAAGAAAGAAAGCAAAGCGUAGUAUUUAAGGCUCUUAAGUACUUGUUGGUGUUGUAGUAGUUACUAAAUGCAUAAAGAGAAACAGGGAAUGCACCUCACCAGUUUUACUAGCAAUGCCAUUGUUAUGGUAUUGUAAAAUUUUCUUUUCUCCUUGCAUCUUUUCCCCCCUUUCAGUGGCCUCAUGAGCUCAUGCAGUAAAUUCAUUCUAGAAAAUAGAAGUUACACUUAUAGCCUCUGGAAGCAGUUGAAUAGAAUGAUCCGCUUGUCUGGAAAAUUGAUUUUAUACCUUAAAAAACAUUUUAAAGUGUCAUGGUAGGAUUUGGUAGUCUUCUAGAAGAAGGACCUACCUUCAAGUGUCAUUCAAAGUGAUUUCAGUCAUUUCUUCUAUCUAAAGUCUUUUGGAUUGCUCAUUAUGUCAAUGUUUCACUUUUGGUUUUGUCAUACAAACAGCUUAAAACUAACUUUUUUGCAUGGCUUUUGUAUAGUAGUCUGCUGAAAAUGCAAAAAUAUAAAUUUUCUACUAAAUUAACAACUUUUUAUACUCAAAACACGAUUUCUAUGCUGCCUUCUAUUGUCUGCAUUGUGUUUGUAAGUGAAGAAAAUAUAUGCACAUGUGAAUACAUAAUAAAAUCUAUAUACCGUGCAUCUUUUUGUGUGGUUAGGAUCUUACAUUUUUAAUUAGUGCGCAAAUUGUCAAUCAUACUUGUUGAGUUUUAGAUGUAGUAACAUCUUUUCAUGUAUUAAUAUUAAAAAAAUUUAAACUGGAGGCCUCAUUUGGUAUCAAAGUACCCAAUCUUUGGUACAUACUGAUUGAUUCAGUAACAUUUGAACUCUUUAUAUUCAUGAUAAAAUAUAUAAACUCAUGAAAAUUAAGAUUUUAUAUUUAUUUAAAGAGUAAAUAUUAAGGUAAACCACAUCAAUGUUUGUCUUUCACUUUUGAAUAUGUUUCUCUUUUCAGAACAUUUGAAUGUCAUUCUACUUGUAGUGAGAACUGGAUAUAUCUAAGCCCUAAUUCUGCAGUGUGCAAGCACUUUUUCCCACUCCAGAGGUGGUUAUACUCUACUGUAUGUAAUUGAGAUUCAGUAGUGGUAUUAUUUAUAGUUUGUAUUUGAAUUUAAUAAUAAUUUUCAGGUAUCAUCCAAGGGUGUUGGAUUAUGAAAAUGAGAAACAUUAAAUUUAAAACAGGCCAUAUUUAACAUUUCUUUAAUAAGGGAGAAAUAAUAAAAUAAUAAAAUGUCAGCAGCUAUUAUCUUUACUCUCAUGUUCUUUUCUUCCUUUAGAAGAUUUUUGGUGAUAUCAUAUACAUAAUUAAAACACCUUACAAAGUAAGUUUAAUUUCUAUUUCCUCUCCCUCUCUUCCAUACACUCCCAGUUCUGUCAAAGUGAGGCUGUGUACUUCUGUUAUUAAGCAUAAACUAACAGCCCUUAGAGAUUUAGAACUUGAUUCUAAUUGCAGACAUUAGGAAAAGACUCAUCAUAUUAAUAAUUACAUCCUCAAACUUUUCUUAUGAAAUUUACCAGCCUUUUUUUUUUUUCCAAAAUACUUAGUGGCACUGGUGAUGAAACCCCCAUCUUCUGUCUUUUAUACUAAUGUACCAUAGAUCAUGAAUAAUCAUAACCCCAAAGUUAAAAAAUUAUCAAGAACAAUUUUUAAAAAUACAUUUAUUAAGAAGGGUGCUUUAGGACUAAAUGUACCUUUUAAUUAUUUAAACUCAAAUAAAAAUGUUUAGUUAAGUGUAACCUGGGAAAUGUUUCCUAUAGCAUGCCAUGUUCAAAUUGGUGUCAUUUUUCUCAUCUUUUAAUUGGCCUCCAAUAGGCUAUGCCUGCACUGGCAAGUGUAAGAUGUAAGACAUUUGUGCAAUAUUACAGUGCUGUUAUGUAAAUUUUCUAGUUUUAACACACGUUUUGACUGCUGCCAUCAUUGAAAGUAAUGUGGCAAGGUGAAAGAACUUCCAAAGAAGAAAUUUCAUUGUGACUUCCUUCUCCUUCCUCCUAACCCCUGCCUCCACCUGAACCCAGUGUAGAUUAUACUGUGAAGUAAAAUCUGGUUUAAAAAUACCAAAAUUGUUCUUUUUUUUUUUUUUUUGAGUGACAAGCAGUAAGGGAAUUGAAUAGGUAUAUAAAAAUUGAAAACUAACCUUUAAUUUGAGAAAAGUCAUCAUUGUUAAUCUGCUUAAAACACAAAAUAUUUCAUUAAAGUAACCUUUUAUAAUUCAAGCAACAACAAUGUCUAUGACUGAGCAAGAGGUUAAUCUGGAACUGUUCAUCAGAGAGCAAAGCUUGGGAAGAAGUUUUAGUUUUAGGAUCUGAUUAUUUAUUUUCAGUUUCUAGGAAUUAAUCAUUGCUUUUCCAGGGUUAUGUACACAAGAACCUUCUUUAUCUUUUAAAAAAAUAGACAAAUGCCUGACAUCUUUUUUUUUUUAGUGAGGCAAUUGGGGUUAAGUGACUUGCCCAGGGUCACACAGCUAAUAAGUGUUAAGUGUCUGAGGCCGGAUUUGAACUCAGGUACUCCUGACUCCAGGGCCGGCGCUCUAUCCAUUGCACUACCUAGCUGCCCCUGCCUGACAUCUUAAUAUUUACCCAAACUUUACCUUUUUUCCCCCCUUUUAAUAAGAUUUUGUGAGCAGACUGUUUUGGUAAGGUGUUGUUUUUUUUUACCCCUAAAACUGCUAAAAUUUUUUCUUCCUAGUUAAAUGCAAACUGAGAAAAGUUUCUUUUUUUUAUAUACUCUUGAUAUCUUUCCUUUAUCUUUAUGUCAUUACAAUUGUUCCAUCUUAUUAUAGAUGAAGAAAACAAGGAAAGAUUAAAAACACAUUUUAUUCUGGUGCCUACAUCCAGGGUUUUUCUAACUGUAAGUGUAUUUUUGUUCUGCUUUUGCUGUUUUCCUGGUUAACUAUGACUUGAUAGCCAUUAUUAGGGAGAGAUCUGAGAAAACACAACUUCAUGUGCUUGAUAUUUUAUAUUAAAGGUAAUAAGGCCAAGAUUAAAGUUUAUAAAACAAACGUCUGUGAAAUCCUAACUUGAACAAUGGUGUUCGGUCUCAUGAAAGUCCUUUCUAAACUGAUAUUAAUGGUAAUCAGUUUUGAGCAUUAAGAAUAAUUGAUGUUUGCUUGGGUUCUGAAUGUAUAAUGUCUGAGAAAGAACUUUUAGCUAUGUAUAUUUAUAUUUCUAAUGAAGAUUAUUUUAAAUCCAUAACUAACUUACAUUCCCAUAUAAAAUUGUGAUUUAACUGUAGAGAUUUAUUUUUGUUAAACUAUAGGAAUGGUUUUCAUAAGGAUUUUUUCAAGUUUAUUUUACUAUAUGUUUUUCCCCCAAAACUAUUUGUGCAUUUUUAUUAAUAUACAUUAUGCCUAUGCUCAAAACAGUGUUUUUAAAAAGUUCAGAUAAGAGAUUUCAAACUAUACAGUGUCACUGCUGUUAUCUUUCUACAUACUUAAUGUAAGUAAACCUUUAAAAAUUUGACAAAAAUAGGUCAUUUUUAUUUGCCCCUUAUUAGACAAUUUUUUUCCUUGUACUUCUUCAGUCUUCCUUUCCUUGGUAAUAUCAGUUCUGAUGCUAAUUUGCUUAAAGGAAAAAUCUUGUAGUACAGCCUUUUCAUAAAAUGCAAAGCUCUCCCACUGAAGUGUUUGUUUUUAAAGAUGUGAUUAGGAGAAAUACUACUGGUUUUUAAAAACAGUUUAAUUAAUAGAAUAUUAUUUUUUCCUGAAACAAUUUUCUAUUCUUCGUCAUACCCUGCACUUUGCUAGAGUUAAGGUAAUAAAUUGUGAAAUAAUGACUGAGCCCUUCUCUAACCCUCUUUAAAUUUCUACCUUCUUUCUGAAGCCUCAUUUUAGAAAGCAUGAUGUCCUGAUGUUAAAAGGCACACUUAUCUAGUGUGUGAAGUAAUAAAGUAAGAAACAGAUGGAAAGGUUUGUCUUAAGUGAAAUUAAGCGUUAGAAUGUUUUAUAAUGAAUUAUUUGAGAUAAGUACUCUCCUAGAAAUGUUAAAUAUUCAGUGGGCUCUUCAUUUUUAUAUAUGUAUAUGUGGUGUUAGGUCAUAACAUUUCAGUUUGUAUAAGCUAUCAAAAUUUUUUAGAGAAUCUAUAAUCUGAAAGUCUCAGCUAAAAAUAAAAAUAUUAAUAUAGGCCAAAAUGUAAAUUAGACAUCAUUGAGAAAUAUUUGGCAGUCAGCAAUGAAAAUGUUUUGCUAAUGGCAGCUUUCUUAGGUCAUUUAGCUUAACCAUACAUUUUAAAUCUUCUUUGCACAUAUAAACAUUUUUAGGGAUCAUGAGCUUGAUUGUGUCUUUAGAUUAAACUUGGUUUGAAGGAGGAGACCCCCCCCCAAAUUAAAGAACUUCCCCUUAAACAAGAAAAGUACUGAAUUUAGUCAAACAACCAAUAGAAUUAAUUGUUAAGUAAGAGUAGAGUAAAGUAAUAGAUAAACUCAUGGAAGUCCAUUAUCCUAACAAUACUUUAAUAUAACUUAAAUACUAAUAAUAUAAGCUAUAAUAACAUUGAGAAAAUUCCAUUUUUUACUUUUUAAUUUUGUUUCCUAUUGAUACUCCUGGAUUAUUUUAUACACCUUUGGAAAUAAUUAUCAUAGGUUGAAGAAUUCUAUUAAUCUCAUGUUACCAGUAUGCCAGUAAGGGACGGGUAUUUGCUUUCUAAAAGAAUGUUUCCAAUAAGGUAAUUGGAGAAGUUAUUUUCUACCUAGCCUGUAUGCACCAUGCUUUUGGGCAUACAUUGUCUAUAGAAAUAUUUUGAGCUUUUAUGUACGUUUUGGGCUAGUAGUCUUAAUAGCAACCCUAGGGUUGUUAUAAAAUUAUUAGAAUAAUUUAAGGUUUGCCUUUUAUAACUGUUUUGAAAAGCCUUUACAUUUUUGUCAGGUAAUUUUCCCAAACUGUGGAUACAAUCUGUUCAGACAUCUAUGUAUAUGUUAUCCAUUCUGUUUUUAAAUUGAAAGAAAAAUGUAAAAAGUGUGUAUAAAGAAAAUUGUAAA